AUGAAAGACAAAGGUGCACAGUCUUCAUCAAGCAGUCCAAACAGACAAAAGAAAGACACAGGAGCAAGCAGAGCAGUAUUAAUUUGAAAUCAUCGAAGCUGUGGGAGAAAGCUUAAAAACUAUGUGCGCUAGUAUACAGAAACAACAACAAACUGGAAAGAAGCACCAGAAUAAAGAUGAUUUGUUUGGUGUUUUUGUUGCCUCGCAGUUGAAAUGUAUGAUUCCUACACCAAAAGCAAGGACAAAAUAUCACAUUAAUAACAUGGUAUUUCAAGCAAUAAUGGUAGAUGAGGGAUCAUAUGCAUCUGUCCAACAGCAUCCUCCUUUUAUGCCGCAUUUUAGUGGUGGAUACCUAAUAGGUUAACUUAACUGAGCAAGUGUUCAAACCGCUCAGGAGAAAUCCUUAUAAAUUUGAAGUACCCUUCUCGAUCCCAAGGCGAAGUUCGUGACCAAUAGUAUGAUAACAUCCGUAUUUUUUCCUUACCAUGAAUAUUGGUCUUACCCAGAAGCACCUUUGAUUUUUCCUGUUUUCUCUUAAGAGAUGUCAUGUUGAAGAAGCAAAAGAAUUAAUACACAGUGUAUUCUGAUAAUGGAAUGGCGAAAAAACUCCUAAUUAAAUGUACUCGAUGCAAGAAAAACCAUCAUUACUGCAACUAAUGCGUACGUUUGUAUGGCAGCCAUGUUUAAAGCAUCACACUCAAAAACACUUUAAUUUCCUCGGAUAGUAUGUGUUUUUGUUCCUACUAGAUCAUAACUUUAUGAUUAAAUUUAUGUUUAUGAUUAUGAUUACGAUCAUUAUGUCAACAAUGGGAACCAAGCCUAACCACAGGAACCAGGAUUUACACUUGAUACCACUUACGACCAGCUUUCCUUCUGCUUGGAUAUGCUUUUCUUGGCCAAUUGAUAAGCUAACUUAUGCUGACAACACCAAGUCUCAAAAAGUUAUCAGCUAACAUGUGGACACUGCUUUCACAAGGGAGCCGUCAAAUUUGCAGAUGUAAAAGUAGAGAUGCUUAAACACUAACCAACAACAAACAGUAACAAAGGCAGGAUAUAACAAAAGCAUUCACGAUAAAAAUUUCUUUGGGAAAGAUACUUCAGCAUCAUAUUGACCUUAUCACCAACAUAGCUUUUUUUAUAGAUAUCGUUAACUUUGUCACAAGGCAAGUUCACUUGUCAAGUAUCACAACUACAUCACAUACUUUACUGGAUAGGUCAAUUGUAGUCUCACUGAAAAAAAAAAUGAAGUGCAGAAUUUUAAUGUUGUUAAUCACGAGUUCAUCACGUCACGUGAUCCGUCAGUAAAAGUAAAGAGUUAUUCUAGACAAACAAGUUACCGCAACAAAAGAGCAAGUGAUUCAGUUAUCAUGUAGACCGCUACUACUAGAUCGGAUUACGUUAUCUUCGAGGGACAUUUAAAAACGGUUCUCGACGGUCUCUAAAGUGUCUUAUAAAGUGUGUGUCUUACGGUCAGCGAUACGCUCCAACCACAUGGCGUUUUCACUUCCAACUUUCCCAUCCUUCGAUGUUCAUGCAAACAGCAAUGCGGGGCCACGACUGCAAAAAUGGCUUGCACGAGUAGAGCGAAUGUUAAUUGGAAUGAACAUCACAGCUCCUAAACGGAAAAGAGCGUUAUUACUUCAUUAUGCAGGUCCAGAGGUUGACAAGAUAUUUGAUACCCUGCCAAAUACUGGUGAUGACAGUGAUUAUGCCACAGCAGUCAAGAAGCUGAAUGAAUACUUCUCGCCACAGACGAAUAUAGCUUAUGAAGUGUACAAUUUUCAUCAAACCAAGCAAACAGACGGAGAAUCGUUGGAUGGCUAUCACACAUGA